UAUUAAAGUAUGCCUAAAGUCAUAUCACGCAGUAUUAUUGUUUCCGAUUCACGUGACAAAGAAGAAUAUACAGAUACUAAUGAAUCAUUAGUUCCAUAUUUUUGUUUGUGUGGACAGGUUGCUCUUAUCUUAGAUUGUGAUUUGGAUAAAUUACCGCUGAGGCCUUUAGAUGAUUCUCGAGUUGUAGAUGGAAACCAUCAUGCACACAAAUUGCGUUGUGAAGAAAGUGAGAUUGUUUAUAUAAAAAGAGAAAAAGGUCUUGAAAAGCAGCAUCGCUACAAAUGUAAAAGAUGCGGCUUGCUUCUUUUUUAUCGCCAUGAAAAGAAAACUAAAGUUACAUUUAUUGUAGAUGGAGCAAUUGCAAAAGCAAAAGCUGAUCCUUCUGACCCUGCACCACUUGCAAAGCCAGUACCAAAAAAAAAAAAAAUUAUGGUGAAGAAACACACAAAAGAAAUGGGCAAGUUUGGUUCAGUGACAGUGUCUACUGUGGAUGAAGAAGAAGAAGAAGUUGAAGCAGCGGAAAUAGCUUCAUCAUAUGCUCAGAAUGCGCGAAUAAUAUCUGCACAAUUAGAAAAAAGAAAAACAGCCCAACAACGGGCUGUAGAUACAGAACUUGCAGUUAACAAAGCUAAGAAGCCUCGUGGUACUCUUAUUGACCAAUAAGCAGUUGCUAGGCAGAAACUAGAUGUUUGUAAAUUUCAUCAUUAAAGUUAAUGUUUACAUAGUAAAAUAGACAGAUCAAAAGUUUGCAUCCUUACAACAAAUCUCUACAUCGAAACUUUAACAUAUAUUUAUGUUAUUGAGACAAACACUAUGGUGUUAACUAAAAUGUGUCAAAGAACAAAACAAUUUAAUGAAAUAUAUUCAAUAAAUGAAAAUAAAAUAAUUAAUAUGUAUUAUGAUAAUAAAUAGAAAAUAUGUUAUACAUAAUUGUGAUCAAUUAUUAAUAACAGAUUCUUUUUAAAGCCAUUAUCUUCUUGAUGAUUGUGUAGGAUAGAUAAUUUGAAGUUACUUUUAACAACCUUUAUCCAGAAAAUUGAUUUUUUCAUAUUUGAGAUAAGCUUACUUACACACACGGUAGAAUUAUCAAACUUUUUUUACUUUCAUACCAACAUCCUAAUUUGUUUCCAGUAUGAGCAUACAAAAGUUUACAAUAUGUACCAUUCUUAAAAGUAAUUUUAAACACUAAAAAUCCUAGUUUUACUACUUUUAACUACUUUGCUUUGAACUCGCUAGGUUUAAAUCUGUAAACUUUGAAUGUGUGUGUAUGUGUAUGUAUGUGUACUUUUUAAUGUGUGUGUAUGUGUAUGUAUGUGUACUUUUUAAUGUGUGUGUACGUGUGUACUUUAGUUUUUCAUUUAAUUUUUAAAAUAUUUUUGAUCUAAAAAUGCAUGAAUAUAUAUUAUUUAUUAUCAA